AUCCCCCAUAACUCACCCUCCACGAUGUCAUUCCUCGAGAAAUUCAAGUCAGGCGCGAAGAAAGCGAGCAUACAGGCCACCGCAUUCGCGCAGAACAGUGGUCAGAAGCUUGCUAGUGGUUCGCGAGAGCUUGCGCAGGGGUUCAGCCUUCCCGGCGAAGCAGAGAAGGCAGCCAAGAUCUUGGACAGCUUUCUAGCCGACCCCGAAAGACCCGAGUCGGCACUCAAUUCUAUACCCAAGGCCGUUCUCCAGCAAGCCCGAGGCCUCGCCAUCUUCCAGGUCCUCAAGGCCGGCUUCGUUUUCUCCGGCAAGGCGGGCUCGGGGAUCGUCAUCGCGCGACUGCCUGACGGCUCGUGGUCUGCUCCCUCAUGCAUCGCGACAGGUGGCCUUGGCUGGGGCCUCCAGAUCGGUGCUGACCUCACCGACUUCGUGAUUGUGCUCCGCAACGAGGAGGCCGUGCGCGCGCUAUCGCAAGGCGGGAACGUGACUAUCGGUGGGAACGUCAGCGCCGCGGCUGGACCCAUUGGCACCGGUGGAAGCAUCGAGUCGGCGAUCGCCUCUACGCCGACACCCAUGUUCUCGUAUUCGAAAUCGAAAGGUCUCUUUGCUGGGCUAUCGCUCGAGGGGACUGUGCUUAUCGAGCGCAAAGAUGCGAACCGCGACUUCUACGGCUCCGCUGUCCCUGCACGUGAUAUUCUGGGCGGACGUGUGCCCCCACCGGAGGUGGCGUCCAGGCUGUACGAAAUCAUCGAAGCGGCGGAAGGACUAGACGAGUCGGGCUUGCCGCAGGAAGCAUACGUCCCCAACGCGGAGGGCGGCCAUGACCAUCUUGUUUUCGACGCCAACGGUCAUUAGACGGCCGUUGAUCAAUGCUAUUCUGGUUUCUUUAGGAUAUGUACUAAUGUCGAUGUGGAACACGGGAAUACAAGCCAUACAUUUGACGAGUCGCCGGCGGAGCCUAUGAAUUACAUCGUAGUACAACGAACCAGACAAGCGUACUUUCCAUGUAACUACCUAACCCCGCUUCUGUCCUCUCCAAGCUGCAGAACCACCGAUCCCGAUACCGAAGCUGCCAAAUGCACCGCUAGCCGGGCCAGCGCUGGCUGGUGCUGAGGACUGUUCGAUGGGAGUGUACGGUGCACCGUUGGCUCCGACAGAUUCGGUCCGUCCAUGGGCACUCAACCGUCCCGGAACGCCACCGGGCGUGAAGGACGAGCGAUAAGAGGUCUGAGGCAUCGACUGAAUGGACAAGAAUUUGUUUGGCAAAGGGCGAUCGUCAGUGUUGUACUGGAGGAUUGAUCAGUGCUGAAAACAAGGCGGUGACUCUGCAAUGCACCUGGAACUCCAAUCCAAUUCCAUCCGCCUCUGAGACGUCCAAUAGUUUCACCAGUUUGCGCCCGAUGCUGUUCAGCCUCUCGACGUCGUCCUUGAUCCGUGUCCAAACCUGGAUGCGGUCGACCUUGCUCCGUAGACUCACGACAGCGCCGCAGAUAAGGUCUUGUCCCUCCUCGAGUUCUUCACCAACCAAAGCCAUCGCCAGCCAGUUCCAACACCGGUCCAACAACGCCGCAUUAUUCUUCAUCGUCAGCACCCAUUUGCCUCCGUUCGCAUUCGCCUCGUCUUCCCACAUGGGCUUGAUGCCCGACUUGAACAGGUGGUAGUUCGAGUUGCGCUCGAGUUGCGAGGGGGGCUUGAGCCAGUUGAAGUACCGACAGAAUUCCUCGACGGUCGAGAAUUCACCCACAACGGUCAAACCGGCCUCGUACUCGCCCGUCUCCGCAGCGUGCACGGGGAAGGCUUCCUGCGAGGCCGACGGUGGCCCGGAGGAGGGCGCGUUGGGUCCAGAGCCCGUCGUCGGUGCAGGGGUAAACGGCAUCUUCGCUUUCGUAUCGUGGAAGAUCGUCCUGGUACACAAUAAGCACGAAUCCGGAACAUGCAUGCGCCCCCGCUGCUCACCACGGAUACAUGAGCGGGUGCUCUGGCGCCUUCAUCACAAAGCCAGGCGUCUUGGGAUCCUCAAUCAUCUCCGGCUCAGGCGGCUUGGCUGUCCCAUCGAUGCUGAGGGCCCGCGUCUUCUGUAACCUCGCCGUGAUCGCAUCCAGACUAGGAAUGUUCUUGUACCCCACAGGCACCUUUUCCUUCUUCUGGAUUUCCGGAAGCGGAGCGACGGUUUCUUCGUUGAGCUUUUCAAGCUUUUCGGACGUCAGAUUGGGGUCGCCGCCAGCAGCGGACACGGGGGUAGACAAGUCGAAAGUCGCAUCGCUAGCGGCCGACGGCGACACAGAGCGCGUGGAGGGUGCGUUGACGGCGACCGAGUCAUUUGUGGAUGCGACCGUAGACAAUGAUGCGGUGGAAACGUUGGUGCUCGAGUUGGUGCGUAAGGCGAACGCGGAUAGCCGAGGGCGCGAUGAGGCGCCGACGGCCGCAGGGGGGCUCGGAGCUCCAUUCGCGUUGAGGUUGAUGCGUGCCGCAAGCUGAUUGAGAGAGGGAAGACGGGUCGAUUGAGGUUUCUCGGUCGACAUUAUUGUGAUGGUUCUGGUCAAGGGUACGC